GAGUCGCGCGGGUUGCGCCGCACCUAGCCGCUUCCCUGGCGCGCGCGCUCUCUCCACCCCGCGCCGCCCCGCCCCUCGGUCCUCGCAAUAAGGGGCGCGGGCGGGGCGGGGACGAAGGGGAGCCGCCGCCAGUCCGCGGGUUUGCGUCGCGCCCGCGGCGGGAGCUCAGGCUGGGAGCCCGAGGCCAGUGCCGUCUGGGCCCCGAGGGCGCCGUCGCCCGGCGCCGAUCCGGCCAUGGAGUUCUGGCCGUGGCUGACGGCGGCGCUACUGCUGCUGCUGCUACUCGUGCAGCUGAACCGCACCGCCAAGUUCUACGCCAAGAUCUCCUUGUACUGCGCGCUGUGCUUCUCGGUCUCCAUGGUGGCCGCUGCUGUCUGCCUGCUGCGCCACGGCGGCCGGACGGUGGAGAACAUGAGCAUCAUCAGCUGGUUCGUCCGGUCCUUCAAGUACCUGUACGGCCUUCGCUUUGAAGUCAAGGGCCGCCAGAAGCUGGCGGUGGACCACCCCUGUGUCAUCAUCUCCAACCACCAGAGCAUCCUGGACAUGAUGGGCCUCAUGGAGAUCCUCCCCGAGCGCUGCGUGCAGAUCGCCAAGCGCGAGCUGCUCUUCACGGGGCCCGUGGGCCUGAUCAUGUACCUCGGGGGCGUCUUCUUCAUCAACCGGCAGCGCUCGCGCACGGCCAUGACCGUGAUGGCCGAAGUGGGCGAGCGCAUGACCCAGGAGAAGCUGAAAGUGUGGAUCUACCCCGAGGGCACACGGAACGACAACGGGGACCUGCUGCCUUUCAAGAAAGGCGCCUUCUACCUGGCCGUCCAGUCCCAGGUGCCCAUCAUCCCCGUGGUGUACUCCAGCUUCUCCUCCUUCUACAACCCCAGGACGAAGAGCUUCACCUCAGGAACCAUCAAGGUGGAGAUCCUGGACGCCAUCCCCACCAGCGGCCUCACCGUCGACGACAUCCCCCAGCUCAUGGACACCUGCCACAAAGCCAUGCGGACCACCUUCUUCCACUUGUCCAGCACGCCCCAGGAGAACGGGGCCGCCGCGGGGCCUGGCGCCCAGCCCGCCCAGUAGCCCAGGCCUGUGGCGGGCAGGACCCGGAGGGGCGGGCCCAGGGCGUGGCUAGAGGAUGGACAGAGGGACCGCGCCGUGCCCCGUCCCGGCUGCCAGAUGUCACUGUGGCCCACUCCCGCGGCUCCCCCUGGAAGCAGGGGGCCUCUUCCUGUCACCGGCCUCGGAUGCAGGCUGUCCCGCUGAGGUCACUGCAGAGUCAUCCAGAGCCUCCCCAGGCUGAGGGCAGGGCCUCGUCCACCCUGCACCUCGGAACCGGGUGCCGGAGCAGGCCUGGGGCCCUGGACUCUCCCGCUGGGCCUCCCAGCCCGGCCUGCAUCAGGCUGCCAGGGAGGGGCGGGCUCCGGCAGCCCGGUCCACGCCCUCAGUGCCAGUGCUGCACAUGGUUGUUUUUUAUAAACAGACUCUGAGACGUGC